AUGAGUAUUAAAUAACUAGCUACAAAUUUCGAUGUUCUAUAUCGAAGAGUCAGUGAUAGAAGCAAAGUGACAGAAAUCCUAUUGGGAUAAUUAUUUGAGCGCUCUGAAGCUGAAGAAAAGUAUCACAAAGCCCUUGAAAAAAUUAGUGGGUAAAUGCAAAACAGUGGAGGAGACAUUGAUGAUUUGUUGAAGGGAAUGAAAAUCAAUUUAAAUCAAAGAGCAUAAUAUUAUAAACAAUUUAAUUAAUCAUACAAGCAUGAUGUUGAACUAGCUAUCAAUGAUCUUAAAUAAAUCUAAUGUCAAUUUAAACCUUUAAUCCAGGAAGUCUUGAAAACAGAUAAGGACAUAAAAGUAGCUUUCGAUAAAUAUGACCGCUAGAAAGAUAAAACUUUUAGAGCUUCUAAGGAUUAUGAAGAAGCUGCCAUAACUUUGGAAGCAUAAUGCUGGAAUAAAGAAUGCAAUCCUGAGUCAAGAUCAAAGGCUUAAAUAAGGUUAAAUCAAUAAUUAGUUUAUAAAUAAGAAAAUGAGUCCGCUCUUAGACAUGCUGCCACUACCUAUAAUAAUUUCGUUUAAUCUUAUAACACUUUAUUAUAAAAUGGAAUCUAAUAAUUAAUAUCUUAUCAUAAUCAAAUCUUUUCAAUUAGCAAAGACAUUCUCAUGAAAAUCUUAGUCUAUGAAAUAUCAAAAACGAGAAAUCUCCAAUAUGAUAGUGAGCAAUUUUUCAAAGAAGCUGAAAAAUACUUGGAUCCUCAAGACGAUCCAAUAGCUCCUGGACCUUCAAGCUAAAUUGGAAUCACAAAAGAUAAUUAUCUCAAAGUAACUUCGUAAUAAAAUUCUUCUUUUUUAAAAACUAUUGCAGAUUAAAUAUCGUUAAGCCAUCGUUUAAAUGUUAACAGAGAAACUGUUUCAUUAUAAUAAUUGGAAGUUGAAGAUGAAUUUGAUUUAUUCUUAGCGAAUCAACAAUUUAUUGAUGAUUUAAAAGAAGUUUCCAUUAAUCUCAUCAACAAAGUUAGUAAGAAAAAUAAAUCUAAAAAUAAUGAAGAAAAAUAACUGGCUGGAGUUUAAGCUAUGGUGAAUAAAUAUAAAAAUUAAUAUGGAGAAUAAUAGUUAAUAAAGAUAUUUAGCUAUAUUAAGCAUAUUAUAUAAAGUACUUAAGAAUAACAGAUUAAAGGAUGGAAAAAUAUUCCUUAAAUCGAAAAUAAUGUUUUAGAAGAUGAACUAGAAUCUAAGUUCUUUAGAGAACUUGGCUGCAUUAUUUUAGAAUCAUUUAGAUAAGCAGGGCGUUCUCAAUUAAGCUAAUUUGGAUUCAAGAAUAUUAUUACCUUUACUCAAAAAUUAUUAGAAAUAUCAUAGAGGGAAGGAGAGUUGAUAUUGGUAAAAAGACUUAUUACUAUGAUUUCUACUAUCUAUACAAUAGAUGAUAAAGAAAAGAGAUUUUUCUUAUAAGAUAGCUUGAUUUCUAUGUCUAUAUGGAAAUAAAUUGAUUUAUGGGAAGGUGUUAUCUAUACCACAAUUGAAGCAGAAAUAGAUAAAUCUGCUACGAAAGAUUCUGCACAGUUUACAAAAGAAUAAAUAUUUAAAGAUAAAAAUGUGAUUUAUUCUAAUUUGUUAAGUCUGACUUUAAAUAUGGUUAAUUUUAAAAUUGAUAAGUAAGAAAUUAAGAAUGUUUUGAAUAAAUAUGCAAGAGCUUUCUAGCUUUUUGAAUUGUAAACUUAGGAGUUGUUAAAAUUUGCCGAAAAUGAUGGUAAAAUUGAACCAAAUUCUAAAGUAAACUCAUUAUCAAUUUUAUAAUCUUUGUACUACUAACCGCAAACUACUUCCACCAUCUAAGGACCAUUAGGUUAAAAAAAAGUAGUAAUUUUUGAUAAGAAAAAUCCUCUAUCAUCAAAUUUAACAGUUUAAAAGCCUGGAGGAAAUCAAGUGUAUUUCUCAUAAGAUACUCCUACGAGGGAAACAAUAUCACCAUAAAUUUCCCCUUAUUAAAAUAACUCAUCAUGGUAAUAGCAAUAGCAAUAACACUAAUAAGAACAAUUAUAAUAAUAAGAACAAUAAUAAUAACAAUAAUAAUAAUAAUAACAACCGUAAUAAUAAUAUACAACAAUUUAAACUUAAUCAUAAUAAUAAUCUAUAUUAUAAAAAGUAUUUACUCCAUAAAAUGCAAACAAUCAAUCGUUAACUAUUUUAUAGAAUUAAUAAAAUAUGACAAUACCUCAAUAAUAAGCUAAUUAAGUUCAAUAAAUUUAAGAAACCGAAUAAACAAAAAUCAGAUAUAGCUCUCAUCCAUUAGAAGUUCCAAGACCUAAUAAUUAAAAAAAAUAAGGUUGA